AUGGCUUAUAGUAUCAAAGUCGAGUAUACCAGCGCAUGGCAGCAGACGCCUGCAGAGGCGGCACUGGCUCUGGCUCACCAAGAGCGAGAAUCUCCGUUUCCAUUUCCAUAUGCGCAAACUCAGACCCAGACAAACAAGACAUCAAGGCCCAAAUCCAAAUCGAGAUCCGCCUCCCGGCCCAGAGACCUGCUAGAUGACGGCGUGGUGGUACCGGACUUCAUCAAGCCGCUGUCCAACAAGGUCGGCGAGGACGACAGAGACUAUCUCAUCGCAAAAGGCGUCUUCCAGCUCCCCACGGCCGAAUUCCAAUCCAUCAUCUUACAGCGCUAUGCCGAGUAUGUCCACCCGCUGCUUCCACUCCUCGACCUUUCGGAGGUGUUGGACACCGUCAGCGCCGCUGGCGGACAGGUAGACAACAAGGAGAAGCAGGUUUCCCUCCUUCUAUACUGGUCCAUCCUAUGCGCCGGCCUCGCCGCGACCGAGCGACAAGUCAUUCUGAACCACGGCUACGGGUCCAAAGCCGAAGUGAGGUAUUCCUUUUACAAAAAGGCAAAGAUCCUGUUUGAUUUGGAGUCUGAACUCGAUCGCAUCGUCCUGUGCCAGUCGGCCGUGCUCCUAGUGAGUUGGUCUCAGGAUGAUCAUCGGAUGGACUUGGUGCAUUGGAUCGGCGUCGCCAUCAGCCAGGCAUAUUCGCUCAAGCUGCAUCGCGAGGAACACAACGCCAGAGCCGAUGCGAGUGCGGUCGACCACCUCCGCCGAAGGAUCUGGUGGAGCGUCGUGAUGAAAGAGUGCGACGUCUCCCUCGCCAUGGGAUACGCGCCACGAAUCCACCUGGCGAACGUCAGGAUGCUGAACAUGCAGGAUUUCAGGGAUGAAGACGACGCCCACCUCCUCAAAGUCCCCGGCGUGUGCUCGUUGUCACAGAUCACGCGGCAGCAUCGAGCUCUCUCUCUCGAUUUUCUGCAGCCGAUAUGCGUUCACAAGGCGAAACUGGCCGCGUGCGUGACCAGGAUCUUCGACGCCGUCCAAGCCAACAGCUCGGUCUCGUCAACUGACGCCUUCGCCCGCAGUGCACUGGCUUGGCAGCUCGACGCUGAACUGCGGGAAUGGCGAUCGGGACUGCCUCGGGCAUUGACCCGCUUGAACACCCGCACGUCGUUGACGAUGAGCAAGACCGACAAAACGCUGGCACUUCACUGGGCGACAGUGGAACUGGUAUAUUGGACCGCGAGGAUCACUUUGCACAAGUCCGCGGCGUCCGAGUCGGAAACACACCUCCAUGCUGCCAGGACUGCAGCGAGAGAGAUCACCGGCAUAUGCAGGGCGCUGCUGGGGAGUGGAAUGGAGCAGCACGUCCCGACCGUGGGCGUCGUGGCCGUGCUGGCAGCCUUCUCCGUCCACCUCCGCUGCAGUCGCUCAGAACGAGACAGUGAACGGUCCAGUGCGAUCGAAGAGCUCAAGACGUGUGUCCGCUUCGUCAACGGCCUCCGGGACCUGAACUAUACGGCUCAGAAUGUCUCCAGGAUGAUCGAAGACGCGACUCGCGAAGCUGAGCUCAGGCUUGGGCUUAGUUCGUCGACGGCGGCAAUGUCCAGGAUCGAUCCACGCCCAGAGAGUCCAGCCCAUGCAUCUAUCAUCUCAAUCUCGCGUGGCGACCAGGCAGACGCAGCCUCAUACGCCCUGCUCCCACUAGAGCAGGGGGGCGGGGAUGGUGACCAAGACCCAGCCUUGCCAGGAAAUAUGUCCCACCUCGACCACGAUGACAUUGGGCAGAUCGCACAAGCCACAGUUAUCGGGGCUGCAGGUUUUUAUGGCCCCGAAGACAACCUUGUAGGCGAUGAUGGCACGUCGAGAGUAGGACCGUGGGGUCCGGCUUUCUUUGAACCCGCUGCUCUGAUCGAGAUGGAGAUGGACGCGCCCUUUGAAACCUUCGGCGUUGAAGCUUGA